AUGUUACCCCCUCACGGCCUUCGCCCAGAAAAUCAGCGCCGGCGAGACCUGCUGCGCCCUGGGACCAAUGGCUCGGAAUCAGAUGGGUCCGUCGACAGUCCCACAGAACCAGAGUCCGGUCCAGUGACUUUCAAUCCCAAGUUGAUGGACGUGCUCAAAGUCCGAUUUUUGCUUCGGUGGAAGCUGACUACUGGCCUACCUGAGGAGCUUGUUGAUAUGAUCAUCGAUGCUGCUGAAUACUGGCCAUCGACGGAGCAUACCAUAACCGAGCAAAGGACAAUCCACAAGGACUGUGAUCAGGUUCUGUUGAAAACAGUGCCUCUCUGCUACGAUAGAAAUAGUUUAGAGGGGUCAUCUCCAAAGCCACUGCCUCACCGUGGCACACAUCCAUGCCGCAAGAUCGUGUUUAACCUCUCCUCUCACGAUCAAGGCGGCGGACGGCGUCGCAAUAACAUGUACGAAUUCUCUUGGACCUGGUUUGACACCGAAGUCAUUCACGGCGCACACAAGAAGAGCAUGUAUGCCGACGGAAACGAGCAAGAAAUUCUCGACAAUGAACGCGGACAGGUUCGGAAGCAUUACACUGAGGCUGAUGACCUGUUGCUUCCGCGCAGCAAUAAGUUGCAGGUGAAUGGUGCUCAUGUUAGUGAGAUGCAACACACUACGAUUGUCUGGGACUACCGUGACAAUGUCAAGGCAGACUCCCCUGAAGCUCAUGAGAUCGAAAAGACCAGGGGCCGCGGCCGACUUACCCUCGAUGGACGUGGGGUGCGGGAGCUUGAAGUUGGCGAUUCCAUUGCACUGUGGGCUCGAGCGAGAUUCCCCGGUUGGUCAAACCACGUUAAUCGCGCAAGUGUGACCAUCUACUGGGCUGUAUAA